UAAUUACAAGUUUACAUAAGCCGUAUCUAGGAGCGGCGGAGCAGAGUUGUGUUUGUCAUUCCCGUCAGUGUUGUGCGUCCGCUCCGCUCACACUUCGAAGCCAUGGUGGAGGAAAACGAGAGGCCGCAGGCUGGCUUUCAGUUCAGCAACUUUGGGAGAAAUGAAGCUUUGGUGGCCAGAGGAUUUCAGAUGCCAAAGAGCCGUAAGACUGGCACCACCAUUGCUGGCAUAGUCUUUAAGGAUGGUGUGGUGCUGGGGGCAGACACACGAGCCACUGAGGGAGACAUCGUGGCUGACAAGAACUGUUGCAAGAUUCACUACUUGCAGCCAAAUAUGUACUGCUGUGGAGCAGGUACGGCAGCUGACUUGGAGAUGACCACACAGAUGAUGGCCAGUCAGCUGGAGCUCCACCGACUCAACACCGGCCGUCAGGUGCCUGUCAUAGCCGCCAACACCAUGCUGAAGCAGAUGCUGUUCCGUUAUCAGGGCUAUGUUGGUGCUGCCCUGGUGCUCGGUGGUGUUGACAAGUACGGCUCCCACAUCUAUUCCAUUCAUCCCCACGGCUCCACUGACCGCCUGCCCUACACCACCAUGGGCUCCGGCUCCCUGGCUGCCAUGUCCGUCUUUGAAUCUCGGUGGAAGCCUAACAUGGAGCUGGAUGAAGCCAAGCAGCUGGUGAGGGAUGGCAUUGCAGGGGGUGUGUUCAAUGACCUCGGCUCUGGCUCCAAUAUUGACCUGUGUGUCAUCACCAAGGACGGCGCCACAAUGACACGCCCCUAUGAUGUGGCCAAUGUGAAGGGCCAGAGAGUUGGCAAGUACGAGUACAAACGCGGGGUGACCGAAGUGCUCAACACUGUUGUGCGGCCCAUUGAGGUUGUGUCUGAGACAGUCAAGAUGGUAUCGGAGGAGGAAAUGGAUACUGCUUAGCCACGCUGGCCUCUAAUUCAAUAAUCAUGGAUGCUAUUUACAAGCUUAUUGUUUUAAUUCACAUAGAAUGUGAAUUUGUUUAUUCAUUUCUCAGUAAUCCUGUGUCUAUGAUAACUAAAAUAUUUAGAAUAUCCUCAUAUUUGGAACACACAUUGCUGCAACUGUUUGGUAAGAAAUUCUAUGAUCUAAAAGUGUUUGAUUAAGCAGAGGUGGGGGAAAGAACAGUUGCCAGUUACAUCUGUGUGGCUUUUUAGGAGAGGCACAAGUAGUCAGCUGUGUGUUUGAAUAAAACUGUGUGAGAUUUGUAA